AAAGGUGCAGAUGACAAAACCGAAGUGCCGGCGUACCAAAUGCUUCAAUUCAAGCUGAGCGCUCGUCCAAGGCGCAUCCGGGCGAAACUUCUUCGGGACGGUCGCUCACGCGUUUCUCUCGAAGAGGUUUUAAAAGACAGUGAUAAAAGAAAAGACGAUUUUCCCGCGAAGAAAAAAGAAAAAUUUCAAUCGCGUUGUUCGAUCGACGCGAAAAGUCGCGCGAGUCUAAUAAUCACAGUGUUCGAUCGAUGAGGGAAAAUGGCACGUUAUAUCGAUUUCGCUGCGCCCUUCAUCCUCCUCCUCCUGAUGGUCCACCUGGAGCAGCUGGUCCUGCACAAACGAGCGCUCGUCGUCGAGGGAAGAAUGGAGGCUCAGUUCGAGAAAUGCUGCGGCCUUGGAACCUCUUGGGCUAAGGAGGGCCUUAGGUGCGAGAAGUUCACCGGGCCGGUGACCGGAGUGCCGGUCGUAGAGCAGGGCCUCUGCCUGGAGGCGGUGGAUAUCUGUUGCGUUCGCGCCUACCACGAGCUGCAGUGCGAAAAGGGAAAAGCCGACGCGCGCGAAGGUCUCGCCUGCGUGACGAGCGCGACGUCGCAAAGAUCCCCGAAGACGCCCGGUCGCGGCGAUUACCAUCGCGACUGCUGCGAGGGCUGCAAGCUAGGUAUCCUCGCGGGGUCUAUGGGUCAAGGAUGCUCCUUCAAAAGCUUUUCAUUCGGCAUUCCUUGGGAUCCAGCGUUCAUGGAAUGUUGUCGCGAAGCGUCGCCGAGCUCCACGACGGAUCUUACGAGUGAACUAACGAGCGAGACCUCGACCGAAACCGAUCUAGAUUUCUCAUCGUCGUCCUCGCCAACGUCCUCGUAUUCGCCGUCGCCGUCGUUGUCCUCGUCAUCGUCAUCACCGUCGCUAUCGUCGUCACCAUCAUCAUCGCCGUUAUCGUCAUCGUCGUCGUUUUCGACGUCGCCGUCGUCGUUUUCGUCGUCAUCGUCAUCACCUACAUCACCUUUAUCUACAUCCUCGGAUGAUCCGUCCUCUACAUCGUCAGACUCCACGCCGUACUCGAUACCAACUCCAGAGCUGGACGAUAUCUGUCAGCUCAUGAAAGGCAAACUUUGCUCUGACAUUUGCGUCCCGACGCAGGGCUCGUAUCGCUGCGAGUGCCGCGACGGCUUCACUUUGUUGCAGGACGGCAAGACUUGCAAGCAGAUCGACAGAUGCAGACCGACUCAUCCCUGUGAGCAUCGAUGCACCGACAACGGAGUGGCUGUCGUAUGCAGCUGUAAUCCAGGAUACGACCUGGCCAGCGACGGACGUUCGUGCAUCGCGAGGUCGCCGCGGAAUAAAAAGAAACCGGACAAAGCCGAGGAUAAUGAAUUGUCGCCGUUGUGCCCGUUGGGCUAUCGUUAUAACGCCACCAUUCAGGUGUGCGACGACGUGGAUGAGUGUCUGGAGCGCAAUGUGUGUCCCGACGGAGGCUGCCAGAACACCAUAGGAUCGUAUAUUUGCAUCAGGGAGAGGUCCGCGAAGAACGCGCCUUACGAAGCUUGCCCCCCGGGCUACGAGUGGCAGCCGCUGACGGGCGAAUGCGUAGGUGAGAAGAAAAGCGCACGUCUUUCCCAUAAAGUCAUCCGCGCACCCUCGAUCGACAAAUUCGAUAAGUCGAAAUUAUUGCUACUCGCUUAUUUUUCAGAUAUCGACGAGUGCGCCGUCUUAUCGGCUGCCUGCGCCGCCGACAAGCCGUUCUGCGUGAACACGCAGGGUAGUUACGAGUGUCUGGAAAUGACCGGGGUGAAAUCCUGCCCCGCGGGAUUCAAGUUCGACAAAACGUUGCAGCUGUGCAAAGAUGUGGACGAGUGCGCGGAAGCUAUUCACAGCUGUCUGGCAGAUGUCGAACAAUGUCGAAACACCGAGGGUGCUUACGAGUGCGAUAUGAAAUGCGGGAAAGGAUUCACGUAUAGUAUCAGUCUGGGUGUCUGCGUUGACGUAGACGAGUGCAUCGAGUCGAGAAAUCCUUGCCCCGACCCCAGCACAAUAUGCGUUAACACGGAGGGUGCGUACGAAUGCACAAAGAUAUCGGCGAGUCCUUUUCCGCGUCUUCCAAUCGACAAGGAUCCGUCCGACCGUCAAAAGAAUAUGCAAUCGGGUUCACGCAUGACUUGUUCCGCGGGAUACAAGCUCUCUAACGACUCCGGAAUGACGAGGUGUAUCGACGUCGACGAGUGCAACGAAAAAUUGCAUUCUUGCGAGCCCGACGAGCGUUGUGUUAACGAAAUUGGUAGUUACAGGUGCGUGCCGAUUGAAAACACUACUGGGAUGUCUAUCACGGAGGAGACCAACGUCAAUCAACGCGACGAUCGAUUUAGCAGAGGGAACAAAUUAGAGGGAACGAGCGUUUCGUCGGUCAUGAACGAAAUCGAAGAUUGCAACGUCGGCUAUGUUUUCGAUGGAAAAUCUGGCCGUUGCAUUGAUGUCGACGAGUGCGCCAAUGGAAAAGCGACUUGCGACACAGGCGAGCGUUGCGUGAACACGGAGGGUGGCUACCGAUGUUCUCCAAUCUGUCCACCUGGUUUCCGGCUGCGUAACACUUCUCGAUAUACGAGCGGGGCCAAGGAACGUUGCGAAGAUAUUAACGAAUGUUUGCUCGGUUUGCAUACGUGCAACAGCUCGACUCAAUAUUGCAUUAAUACGAACGGCUCCUACGUUUGCGGAACGCGGACUACUACCAGCACUACCGAGACGACGACUAGCGACAUAGCAAGAAGACCGUUCAUUGGUUCGCGCUACAACAGGGUACAGGGCACGGAUCGUUACUGGUCCACCGAACCUUGUGGCCUGGGAUACAAGAGAGACGCGGAUACGGGCUACUGCGUGGACAUAGACGAGUGCGCGGUCGGUCCUGGGUGUCGGGAUCACGAGAAGUGCAGGAAUACUCCAGGGGGUUACGAUUGCUCGCCCCUUUGCAGUACCGGCUGGUACUUCAGCACGACGACGAAGGGCUGUCAAGACGUGGACGAGUGCUUGUUGGGCAGGCACGACUGUCCUCAGAGUACGCAUAGAUGCGUCAACACCAACGGAUCCUUCGUCUGCGAGUUGAUACUGCCCUGCAGCCGCGGCUACAGGCGAGCCUUCAACGGCACCUGCCUGGACAUCGACGAGUGCUCCGAGGGCCUGCAUAACUGUCGGCUCGACUUACACCAGUACUGCGCAAAUAAAGAAGGCGGCUUCGAGUGUUUGACCAGACUGCCCUCCUGCCCGUCCGGAUACCAGUAUUCUUUGGGCACUCGACGAUGCGAGGACAUCGAUGAAUGCCUAAUCGGGCAGUACAGCUGUGAUGCGAAGUUCUCCGAGAGAUGCGUCAACCUGCCGGGUACAUACAGGUGCGAGAGACCUCCUCCACCUCCUCCUCGUCAACGCCAACGACCAGCUUGUCCUUCUGGCUAUCGGUAUCGCCCUGAUUUUCGCAUGUGCACAGUUGCUUUCAACAUUGCUUUUAUCAGAGAUAUAAAUCGGAAGCUUAAAUGCCAGGACAUCGACGAGUGUGAGGAAAGGUUGGACAAUUGCGGGGGGGACAAGCGUUGCUACAAUCAACCGGGUGGUUACAGCUGCGCGCUACCGCCGGUCCCGAUGACCAGGAAACCGUCCACGACGCCGAUACCAGCGCCGAUGAACGAGAAGUGUAUACGCGGCACCAGGUUCGUGAGGAAUCGCGGCUGCGUCGACGUCAACGAGUGCAGGGAGCUCGAGGAUGCUUGCAGCAGCAACGAGGACUGCGUCAAUACCAUAGGCAGUUAUAUGUGCACUUGCAAGACCGGUUUCAGGCGCGAUAAUCUCACGCAGGCCUGCGUCGAUAUCAACGAAUGUCAGUUGCAGGAGAACGACUGCCUGGCGACGCAGCGAUGCGACAACACGAUCGGCAGUUACACGUGCACGCGCUUCCUGCCCUGCGGUACCGGAUACACCCUCAACGCCGCGACGGAGAUCUGCGAGGACGACGACGAGUGUGUCCUGGGUACCCACGACUGCGGGCCCGGGUACCAGUGCAGAAACACCCUGGGCUCGUACCGCUGCGAUCGCAUCCCGCGUAUACCGGCUCCGUCGUCGCGCACGUCGCCGAUGACGACGACGACGAUGAGAAUCGCGACGUUCACGACGACGACGACGCCCGCGACGUCGUUGACCCCGGCCGGUCAAACUUGGCCGAACUGUCCGCGCGGCUUCGAGUCCGGCUCCAGCGGCAAAUGCGUGGACAUCGACGAGUGCCAGAGAACGCCGAAUCCCUGCUUCAGGUCCAUGCAAAAGUGCAUCAACACUCUGGGGUCUUACAGAUGCGCGUCCGUAGUGAUCUGCUUGCCCGGUUACACGGUGGAUGCCACCGGACAGCACUGCAUCGACAUCGACGAGUGUCGGGAGGGAACGCACGAGUGCGGCAAGGGCCAGACCUGCGAGAAUCGGCAAGGCGGCUAUCACUGCAUCUGUCCGCCCGGUCAUACGGUUGGGCCGAACAACGAUUGCGUCGACAUCGACGAGUGCAGCAUUUACGGCAGUGGUAUUUGCGGACUGAACAGCCGCUGCGAGAACACUGUUGGCUCCUACAAGUGCCUGUGCGGGGAUGGCUUCGAGAACACUGGAGGAACGGCCGGUGCCUGCCAAGAUAUCGACGAGUGUCAACAAACGCCGGGGCUCUGUCAGCACAUAUGUCUGAACGUGUGGGGCAAUUACAGAUGCGGAUGCGAAUCCGGAUUCAGGCUAAACGCCGACAACCGGACUUGCAUCGACAUUGACGAGUGCACGGAAUUCAAGGACAAUCAUCUCUGCAUCGGCAUCUGCGAGAAUACGCCGGGAAGCUACGCGUGCAAGUGUCCCGAGGGAUACAGGCUCGGUAUCGACGGUCGAACGUGCCAAGACAUCGACGAGUGUGAGGCCGGCCAGGUUUGCAGGGAUGCGGAAGAGAUGUGCCAGAACACGCGCGGGGGUUUCCGUUGUAACCGGAUAAACUGUCCCUCGGGAUAUCAUCGGGACCACAUAAGAAAAAACCGCUGCGUACGCUCCUCGAGGUUCUGCCGCAAGGGCGACCUGGCGUGCCUUCGAUCGCCCUCGCACUAUUCCUACAACUACAUCACCUUCGUGAGCAUGCUGCCCAUCCCGUCCACCGGCCAACUGGAGCUGUUCACCAUGAGGGGUAGCCAUCAGCCCGACUCGACGAUACAGUUCAGCAUGGCACUGAUGGACGUGCGCGCACCACCGGAUGUCGCGCGCGCCACGGAGUCCUGCUUUGCCCUGAGGAGACCGGCGUCGUCGCAGGCGGUCCUGGUGAUGACGCGCCCAAUCGCCGGACCGCAGGAGAUUGAGCUGGAUCUCAGCAUGGAGAUAUACCACGACGCCGUGUUCAUCGGUAGCGCCAUCGCUAAGAUCUUCAUCUUCGUCUCGCAAUACGAAUUCUGAGAAAAUCCUUUCGAGGUAAGACAGAGAUGAGUAGAGACGGAAGCCAAGAUCGUAAAAUGAAGUAAUUUAGAGCUACGUUUAAUUGCGUGAUUGCCUCCUCUUUCAUAACGUUACCGUAAUCGUAAGAGCAAUAAGAAUUAUAUUCCCAAAUCAUAUUAUCUUGUCCAGUGCGAUAAUUUCUUGAAAAAUAUGAAUCUUUUCUGUUCUUAUACAGCUUGUUGAAUAAAACUUCUGUUUCGUUAAAUUGAUUAAAUAAUAGAAAACAUUUUUCUCUAAGAAAUGAAAUGCAAUUGACAUUUUAAGCAGCAUACAUUCAAGAUUAAUGAUACGGAUCUUUUUCAUAUUUUUUUGUUCAUUUUUUAAAUUAGAUAUUAAAAUAAACAUAUUAAUAAAUAUAUAAUUAACACAUGCUAGUAUUUCGAUCGUAGAUAUGUAAAAAAAAAUCAAAUUAAAUGUAUAUAGAUUCUUGUAAGUUAAUAUAUCAUGUAGAGGAUAAAACAUGGAAUAAACUUACGUUAGAUGACGUAUGAAAUUGAUAAUAA